AUGAGUGAAAAUAUCAAUCAAGAAAAUAUGGAAAAUUUCGAUGAUAUUAAUGAUAAUUGUGAUAAUAUGAACAACUCGGGCGAUGACGAAUCAAUUAAGGAGCCGGAAUGCUUGAGGAAAUUAUUUAUUGGAGGUUUGGACUAUCGAACAACAGAUGAGACGCUUAAGAAUUACUUUGAAAAAUGGGGUAAAAUCGUCGAUGUUGUGGUUAUGAAAGAUCCAAAAACUAAGCGAUCUCGUGGAUUUGGCUUUAUCACGUACUCAAAAUCGUCUAUGGUUGAUGCAGCUCAAGAAGCUCGUCCUCAUAAAAUCGACUCACGAACUGUCGAGCCAAAAAGAGCUGUUCCUCGCAAUGACAUUAAUCGUCCAGAAGCCGGUUCCUCUGUCAAGAAAUUGUUCGUUGGAGGACUUAAGGAUGACUUUGAGGAAGAUGACUUGAGAGAAUAUUUCUCCAAAUUUGGUAGCAUUUCAUCAGUUAUGAUUGUAAGCGAUAAGGAUACUGGAAAGAAACGUGGAUUUGGUUUUGUUGAAUUUGACGACUAUGACCCCGUCGAUAAGAUUGUAUUGCAAAAGAGCCACACGAUUAAUAACAAGUUGCUUGAUGUAAAGAAAGCAAUCAGCAAGCAAGAAAUGGAUAGAUUCCGUAGUGAUCAACGUAUGGGCAGUAAUUAUGGAAAUGGAGGUGGAUAUAGCGGUGGUAACGGAGGAGGAAGUGGUGGAUUUGGGAACGGAUAUGGACGUAGUGGUGGAGGGGGUGGAAAUUGGAAUCGAGGAAUGGGAGGUGGAAAUAGUAGUGGAAAUGCAGGAUCUAAUGGAAAUUGGGGACAAUGGUCAAAUGAUAAUUACGGAAAUAGUGGAUGGAGUAAUGAUAGUGGUCCAUGGGAUAAUCAGAAUUCAAGCUGGGGAAGUGGCGGUGGAUAUAACCAGAAUUGGUCAAAUGAUAGCUUUGGUGGAAGUGGAGGCUAUCAGCAGAAUAAUACAGCAAGCAGUGGAAAUGGAAAUGGAAGACCAAUGCGUGGAAAGAGUUUCAGUGGAAACAACCGAUCUGCACCUUACAGCAACAACCAAAGAAGUGGAAACCGACGUUAUUAA